GAAGCUGUCAGGCCUGGGUUCUGCGCUCUUACAUAAUAAUCAUGGAUAGUAGAAGACUGGUAUCCAUGAUAAUCAUUUAGGACACAGCUAAAUAUCAGUCUGGGCCCAAUAUCCCCUGGCGGGAGAUGACUGACAUACAGUCCCCGGAUGAACAUUCACACAAAGGACCCCAGGCUCUUUAUUCACUGCAAACGUGUCCGUAAGUAAAGUCGGUCCUGUCCGCUACUUUACCCUAUUUUCGUGUCACUAAAGAAAUGGAUGAGAUUGAUUUCACCACUCACCGGCAGUGGAUAUCUCCGAGAUGGCGUACUAUCUUGUAUCACUAAUGAAACUCAAGGCCAGACGCUUUCUUCAGUGUAUCCCGCGAAAGAUUCGAAGAUGGUCUCUGGGGCUGUUGCUGGUUUCUGCUCUCUUUCUGCUCUCAUCGAGAGUUAGACGCAUGCUUAAGCUUGGAAAAGGUUCUACCCAAGAUGAGAUCAACUACUUGGCGUCAAACAUGGAGGUGCGCUACGAUGUCCUCAGCAACCUUCUUCCGAUUCCAAACGGAUCCUUCCCUACUUUCUUGUCACAGAUUACUCUCACUAACAAGGGAAGUCUCCCCAUACGACACGGAAAUUGGGCUGUGUACUUCUGUAACAUCAGGCUUGUUGAACCAGAACACUUGAAACACAACCCCACUGGGUACGUUAUCCCGGGGAAUUACGGGAUCAAAUUCACCCACAUCAACGGAUGCAUUCACAAGUUCGAGACAACGAGUGAUUUCAAAGAAAUAGCUGCAGGCGAUUCUUUCACGUUCAAGUUCAAGGCAGACCAUUGGUCNAGCAACAUUGUUCAAUUUUGUAGGUGA